AUGCGAGAGAUAGUACACGUUCAAGCUGGUCAAUGUGGCAAUCAGAUAGGCGCUAAGUUUUGGGAAGUAAUAUCCGAUGAACAUGGCAUUGAUCCAACUGGAACUUAUCACGGUGAUUCUGAUCUGCAGUUGGAACGUAUUAAUGUUUACUAUAACGAAGCAACCGGUGGCAAAUAUGUUCCUAGAGCCGUUCUUGUUGAUCUGGAGCCUGGCACAAUGGAUAGCGUUAGGGCUGGACCUUUUGGUCAACUUUUUCGCCCGGAUAAUUUCGUGUUUGGGCAAAGUGGUGCUGGUAACAACUGGGCCAAAGGCCACUACACUGAGGGAGCUGAACUCGUUGACUCCGUUUUGGAUGUUGUUAGAAAGGAAGCUGAAUCUUGCGACUGUCUCCAAGGUUUCCAGCUUACGCAUUCUCUUGGAGGGGGGACGGGGUCCGGGAUGGGGACGCUUAUGAUCUCCAAAGUAAGGGAAGAGUAUGCGGACCGAAUCAUGAACACAUUCUCUGUAGUCCCUUCUCCCAAGGUAUAA